CGCGCACCACCCCCUCCGGCCAAGCUAGCUGGCUCAGGCUGUCCUCAUGUUCCAAAAGUCUCGUCCCAUGUGACUCCCCGAUUCCAAUUCCCAUCAAUCUCCAUCCCCCAUCUCACCCAAGCAACGAGGCGCGAGCAAGUGUAGCAGCGAAGAAGGCUACUCUCUAUGCCAGCCUCGGCCAGUAUAAAACAAGGCUCUACGCGCGCCGGCACACCGCAUUACGCAACUCGCUGGUUCAGCAGCUAGCUAGCUUUGGCGUGGCUAGGAGAGGUAGCGGCUAGCUAGCUGUUGCGCAUUGCCGGGUUCGCCCUCGAGCGUAAUGGCGCAGCUCCCGCCCAAGAUCCCGACGGCGGCGACGGGGGCGCACCACUGGCCCGGCGCCGGCGUGGAGCACCACGGCCACGGGCCCGUCGCGGUGUGGGCGGACGAGUUCGCCGAGUUCGCGGCGGCGCGCCGGGGCGCGCACCGCAGGUCACUGAGCGACUCGGUGGCCUUCGUGGAGAUGGCGCCGGGGGGCUGCGGCGGGGCAGGCGACUUCGACAGGCUGGACGACGACCAGCUCAUGUCCAUGUUCCCCGACGAGGGCGGGUCGACGGCCCCGGGGUCCGAGAACGGCACCAGCGACAGCGACGGCGACAAGCACGGCAAGGACCGGUACGACGACGGGCAGCACGACGAUGCUAAUCCGGAGGAGCCGGGGCCGGGGCAAGCCACGCCGACCUCGUCCACGGAGACGAUCCGCGACCCCAAGAGGGUCAAGAGGAUACUGGCUAAUCGUCAGUCGGCUCAGAGAUCUCGGGUGAGGAAGCUGCAGUACAUCUCCGAGCUCGAGCGGUGCGUCACAACGCUGCAGAACGAGGUGUCCGUGCUGUCUCCCCGGGUGGCAUUUCUGGAUCAGCAGCGGACGAUCCUCACCGUCGGCAACAGCCACCUCAAGCAGCGGAUCGCAGCUCUGGCGCAGGACAAGCUUUUCAAGGACGCUCAUCAGGAGGCGCUGAAGGAGGAGAUCGAGAGGCUGCGGCAGGUGUACCAGCAGCAGAACCUCAGAAUGUCGUCCGGUGCGGGCGCGGCCUCCGACCACGGCGGGCCGCCCCCUGUGCGCGCGGAGAAGGAGCUCAUGAGCUGAAGCGAUCAUCGCAUGUCCCUUCUGCGCAGCCCGCCGCCGCAUCAUUGACCUGGGAAGGAACACAUGGCAACAGUGCAUGAAUGAAACCGUCCAUGCUUCUUCUUUUUUCUUGUUUCUUUUUCUUGUCCAUUGACCUGUGUAUCAUUCUUUGCAAAUCGAUUUCAGUUUUGGGUUUUUUUUACUGUGAAGAAAAACUGAAGUGUGCCUCCGUUGUAAUUUGUAAAUUCCGUGUGUAGCAUUGCAUCUUGUGUACGUAGACUGUUUCAGUUUAGUUUUGGAGCCAUCGUCUUUUAGGAAAGUUUUUUGGGAAACCACAUAAGCACAACUCUUGCUUUGUAUCCUCGUACUGAUUUAGCAGAACUGUUGUAUGUAUUCUUCUGAAUCCUUUGUUUCUCAGUAAAUGUAUAUGUGGGCUUA